CCUACUGUUAAAUAAUUGCGCGCAACGCAACGUGUAUGUAAAUUAGAACAGCAGCAACAACAACAUGCACCAUUCAUCGACACGCCUUUUACUGCCCACAAUACUGAUCGUAUUGGCUACCUGUCACCUGACGCACACCUGCCCACCCGAAGUUUGUAUCUGCAAGUGGAAGGGUGGCAAACAGACGGUGGAGUGUGGCGGACAGCAUCUGCCCAACAUACCCGAGGGCAUGGAUCCAGGCACGCAGGUACUCAAUUUCACGGGUAAUAGUCUGCAAGUUUUGCAGAGCGAGCGUUUUCUGCGCAUGGAUUUACUCAAUCUGCAGAAAAUCUAUUUGUCACGCAAUCAGCUGAUACGCAUACACGAGAAAGCCUUUCGCGGUUUAACGAAUCUAGUCGAAUUGGAUCUGUCCGAUAAUAUGUUGCAAAAUGUGCCCACCGAGACCUUUCAGGACUACAGUUCACUGAUGCGUCUCUCGCUGAGCGGUAAUCCCAUACGCGAGCUGAAAACGUCGGCCUUCCGUCAUCUUUCGUUUCUGACAACGCUCGAGCUGAGCAAUUGCCAGAUCGAGCGCAUCGAGAAUGAGGCCUUCAUUGGCAUGGACAAUCUGGAGUGGUUGCGACUGGAUGGCAAUCGCAUCGGUUUCAUACAGGGGCCGCAUAUUCUGCCCAAAUCGCUGCAUGGCAUCAGCUUGCAGAGCAAUCGUUGGAUGUGCGACUGCCGGUUGUUGGACGUGCACGCGUGGCUCAACAACUAUGUGACGCCAAAAGUUGAGGAGCCCAAGUGCGUUGAGCCGCCAAGGCUCAAGGGGCAGACAAUCAAGUCGCUGAAGAAGGAGGAACUCGCUUGCCUGCCCGAGGUGACACCGUCGUCUACGUACACAGAGAUAUCAGAGGGCCGCAAUAUGUCCAUAGUUUGCGUUGUGCGCGCCAUUCCCGAGCCACAAGUGCUGUGGCUUUUCAACGGGCAGGUGAUGACAAACGACAGUCUGAUCGAUAAUCUGCACAUGUACUACUAUAUAGAUGAGGGCGGCAGCGCGGAGGAAAAGCGCAGCGAGAUUUUCAUCUACAAUGUCGGCCCCGAAGAUAAUGGCACUUUUUCGUGCGUGGGGAAGAAUGUGGCGGGCAUUACGUUCAGCAAUUACACGCUGCGCGUCAUAAUCAAAGAACCGCCAGUGGUGAAUGAGGUCUCCUUUCCGCGCGACUAUAUGAACUACAUCAUAGCGAGCAGCACUGGGGCCGGCGUUAUCUUCGUUGUGCUGCUUUGCACGAUCGUAGUUAAAUGUAAGCAGCGGCAACCCAACAAGCGUAAGAAGUGUACGAGCGGUGGUACGGUUACGAAUGUCGUCGGCGGUAGCGGGCAUGCGACCGACAACGGCGGCAACGAGACUGGGUUGAUGAAAUGUUCAUCGAUACUGAACGACGGUGACUCACUGAAUGGCGGUGCAGGCCUGUUGAUGGCGGAAGGCAUGACGCCGACGAAGUUGUGCAAAGAAAAUGGUGGCGUCAUCAUUGGCGGACAAAUGAAGCAGAAUCUGUUAUUGUAUGCGCCCGCUCACUACCAACAACAAACACCAACUUCCGCGGCGGUGGUUGGCGAAAGUGGCCAAACCCUACAGCUGAGCGUGAGUAUGGCAGGAGCAAGUGGCACGCCACCACCCAUUUUAGUUGGCAACGCCAUGAGCUACUGCUCGCCACCCUCGUCUGUGCGUAACUACCAAGAGAAGAAUCCAGAUUUGGUGAACGAUGCGGAGAGCGUAAAUCACAACAAACUGAAAACUGCGUCUUCGUUGGAUGGUGAUUACGAUGCCGCUAGCGAGUGCUCCGGCCCAUGCAGCAUACAGGGCAUGUCGACGACACCAGUGCAGUAUGACAACUGCUAUCAGCUGGCACCUCAGUAUGGUUCGCAGAUCAUACGGCCGUCGAAUAUGCAGUUGAAUGCGGCAGCCGCGUCACGCUUUGCCGCCAUGACAACACUGCCGCGUGGCAUGCAAUUGAAAACGGUUAUGAACAGCAUGAGCAGCGCUCCCGCCCCACAGCACCAAGUGGAUGUGCAUCUGAAUCCCGUGUGUUUUUUGGGCCAGGAUGGCUUCGCGUAUGACUACAGCAAUGCGCACAUGCAACAAAACGCUCCACCACCACCGUCACAUCAUCACUUGCAGCUACAGCAACAACACUCGCUGGGCGCCGAUCCUUCACAAUUGCAACACAUUCAACAGCAAAACUAUUACCGCACAUUGCCACACAACCGCGCGCAUAAACAGCAGCAAUUCGCCGCCUCGGCUGCAAACGCCGGCAUGCGCUAUAGCCUAGAAGCGGAGUUCCUGCAGCGCUCCGGCACACCAACCUACGAUAAAUACAUACCCAAUGUGCGCUUCACAGCCGAGGGCUAUCCGCAAGCCCAACAACAGCAACAGCACUUGGUGCAAUAUCCCUCGCCGCCAGAGGGCUACAAGAGCAGCCAAAGUCCCGCACUAAGCUUGCAUGACGGCAGCGUGGGGGGCGGUAGUGGCGGUGGCGCUUCAACCAUCUCAACAGCCACAUUUCAGCAGUGGCCGCCUUGUUUGCCCGGCUAUCAUAUGCAGGCUGUGCGCUACCCGCCAACCAUUGUUGGUGUGUUGAGCCCGCAAGCGCAUACGCCGCAACAGCAGCUACCACAACAACAGCAACAACAGCACAUGUUGCAACAGCAACAGAAGUCUGCAACAACGGUUGUGCUAACACCAAAUGGCCCAACAAAUCAAACGCAAGUGUCCACAAUAACAACCGGCGCGACGUUGGCCAAUGCGAGCACCAGCACGGGCCCCACCACAUCCACAUUAGCUGCCAAACGUUGUGUAGCCGCACAGGCGGACGCCUCUACCAUACCCGAAUGCGAUGAGAAUGACGUCUCACCCACCACAUCGACAGCUGCUAGUAGCAGUAAUGACGGCAGAAGCAGCAGUAGCAGCAGCAGCAGCAGCAAUGCAACCACAGUGACAAUGUCUGCAAGCAAUACAACAGUAGCAACAGCGACGACCGCGACUGCAACCGAAGAAUCCUCAAAACUGCGGCAUUUAAACGGACCGCUAGCCGAUAGUCCAGACGAGGGUUAUGUAGGCGAUUCGCAUGAAGGUUCUGAUAUUUGACGACGCGGUGCCAAUGGCAGUUGUGCGAACACGCACGCCAAAGCGGGCGGCAGUGCUGUGAAGGCGGUCAAAUUGGACGACUCUGUAGCGUUGUAGAGCAGCUGUUCAAUUUCAGGGUAAAACAGUGGCAGAUGAACAAACAUUUAAUUGGAAACUGAUCGGAUAACAAAGCUGGAAAAAAGUGGGUUCGAAUCUAUAAAUCUUUGUACGAAAACACAAUGUAAAAUAUGUAGAUACUAUGUGAGGAUACUUGAAUAAAUCGAGAGAAGAUUAAAUUAGUACACACAACCACACUUU